AUUAGUUGCCCCACCAAGCACUAAUUAUCUUCCAUGUAUGAGUUUGUUUUAUGGUUCAUCUCUUCCCUUGAGGACAGCUGAUUAGCGCAACGUCAUCAUUGUACGAGUUAGACCUCAUAAGAGUAGCUCUGGUGGUAAAAGAACUCUACUAGUCAUCUGCUGCUCCACCACAAGAAAGGAACCAUGAAAAUGGUUUGGUUUACUGUCCUUAUACUGGUGCACCUGGAGCUUUACAUGAGAGUUGGCACUGCACCAAUCUGUGCCUAUGGACCGGCUGGAUGCCAUGUUCCUUCCUUGGCAGAUCUCUUUGACAGGGUCAUACAACAGUCCUCCAGAAUGCAUGGGAUCUCCAGUGAUCUGCACUCUGAAUUUGAGCAAUAUUUCUUUCCCAGCAAGAACCUCAUAGGAAAACGUAAGUGCCACACAUACGGCAUACUAACACCUGAUGACAAAGAGAAUGCACAGAGGCUAGGACGAGAAGAAUUGACAGAGGUGAUCCUAAGGCUGCUGGGGGCUUGGGGUGACCCCUUGUCACAACUCCACCAGAGCAUGUCUCAGGAUCAGAAUCAAGACUUCAACCACUACAGCUCCAACAAGGCACUGGAGAUUAGUGAUAUGGUGCACGAGCUGAGGGAUGGAGUGGCAAAAAUGGCAGAGAAGAUGAAGCUACAAGGAGUGCUUGGUAACACUGUGGGUUACAUCUCUUCUGAGAGUCUGGUCCCCUCCUCUGCCUUUUCCUUCUACAAACGAGGAGAACUCAACUCCGUUGACCAUAACGACCUGCUUUACUGCUUCCGGAGAGACUCUAACAAAGUCAAAAAUUAUCUCCGUAUCCUGAAAUGCACCACUCUUCCUGAACUGGACUGUUAACUAUGAUAGCGUUGUUAAUUAUGAUAUCAUUUGCUUGUAACUACACUUCAUGUGCUUGUAUUCAUUAUAAUGCAUUUCAUGUGUAUAUUUUCUGUAGAGGACUGCAUGCACCUGUGUGAGUGAAUAUAAUUGUCAGAGGUAAUCAAAACAAAUUUUCU